CGAAUAUACAUCGCCGGGGUGCCUCGCUUUUCGGGCGCUGCAUCGAAAUGUGGAACACGUUCGACAUCUUCCGCGACGACUUCCUCGGCGAGAAGGGCAGCUGGCUGUUCGAUGUGGCCCUCUACGCGAUACUUGGCCUUUCCACGCUAUUCACCAUCAUCCUAGUCACGUUGCCCUCGCAAUACGACCCCUACAAGGACAAACCGUUAAGGGCCGUGAACGAGAGGGGCGAGAAGAUUGAACUGAAGAGGAAGGAUGGAAAACAGACGCUGGAUUUCAGGGCGGGGCGGACGACUCACAUCGUGGUUCUGGGCGACAUCGGUCGGUCACCGCGCAUGCAGUACCAUGCCAUCAGCAUUGCCAAGCAUGGAGGAAAGGUCUACUUGGUUGGAUAUCAGGAAUCUGAAGUCCACCCCGACGUAGCCGCCAACGACCUCAUCACCGUCGUCCCCCUUGCUCUAUCCCCAUCAUUCCUCCGAUCCAGCUCCAAACUCCUCUUCCCCAUUGUCGCACCGCUCAAAGCCCUCCACCAGUCCUGGACCCUCUACCGCACCCUCGGCUACGCCUCGGAACCCGCACGCUACAUCCUCGUGCAAAACCCACCUUCCAUUCCCACUCUCGCCAUCGCAACCGUCGUCAGUUUCCUCCGCAACACCGAGCUCGUCAUCGACUGGCACAACUUUGGGUACUCUAUCCUCGCGCUCAAACUUGGUGCUUCGCAUCCCCUUGUCAAUAUUUCCGCCCUGUACGAGAAUGCUUUCUCGAGACUGGCAUCACAGCACAUCACGGUGACGCAUGCAAUGGCGCGAGUCCUGAAGGACAGUUACGGCGUCACAGCGCACGCCUUGCACGACCGACCCGCCGCCCUCUUCCGUCCGCUCAACGUAAGCGAACGCUCAAAGUUUCUUUCCCGCCUCCCCGAGACAGCGCAGUACGCACAAGACUUAGCCAAAGGCUCGUGGAAGCUCAUCGUGUCAUCAACUUCCUGGACCGCAGACGAGGACUUCUCGCUGCUGCUCGCUGCGCUAGAGACCUACUCCGCACGCGCGACGUCGCAGGUUUCGCUCCCGAAGAUCCUGGCUAUCAUCACGGGGAAGGGGCCGCAGAAGGAACAUUACCUCUCACUCGUGAAAAAAAUGAAUCAGGAGAAGAGGUUACUCAAUGUGGUCAUUCAGACAGCGUGGCUUACGCCAGGGGACUACGCGACCCUCCUCGGUGCUGCGGAUCUGGGCGUCUCGCUGCACACGUCGUCUUCGGGCGUGGAUCUGCCGAUGAAGGUCGUGGAUAUGUUUGGCGCUGGUCUGCCGGUGGUUGGGUGGGGAGACUUCGAGGCGUGGCCGGAGCUUGUGAAGGAGGAUGUCAACGGCAAGGGCUUCAAAUCGAGUGAGCAGUUGGCGGGGCAGUUGGUGGAACUAUUUGGCAGCAAAGAUAGCGUGUUACCGAUGUUGAAGAAGGGUGCGUUGGAGGAGAGUAAGAAUCGGUGGGAUGACGAGUGGGAUCGGGUUGGUGGGAAGCUGUUCAGGCUUUUGCAGUAAGGACAUCGUGUUUACUCGGACAACGCACCAUGUGUCCCUUGGGAGGGACAAGAGCGUCACCUGGCUUGUAUAUAGCCCCAAAAAUGAGCUUCAACGUCCU